CAAUUUCAGGUCAUUUGUUUAGAGGAGAACUUCUCUCCCUGUUCACCGGAAAGCAUGUGAUGAAGAAUGACAGCUGUUGUGAAGCAAUACAAUAAUGUCUUCUUUAGUUCUUCAGAAAAGGAAACUGUAGAGAUUGUGGAACCUCAUUUCAUUAAUAAGGAUUGCAAAGAUGUUAUCGAUCAGGCCAAAGUCCACUUGAUGUUGCGGGAGUUUUCUGAAUGCCUCACGACGUGUCUUGAAGGGCUUGAUAAAUGCAAACGGCUUUCCCAUGACGGAAUUUGUUAUGAAAGUUUUGUAAUUUUGGCAGUACAAGCAUACGGUGAACAGAAUAAAUGGAAAGAAGUUCUUCCUUUCAUUGAUAAAAUCUAUGGAAACAUCAGUCAGUGUCCUCCCACAGUGAUAAAACUUUGCAUUGGCCUUUUGUCAUGGGUUAAAGAAUACGAUGUGGCUCAAAAACAAGCAUGUCUGUGGCUGGAGAAUCCACAGAACUUGGAGAAGGAACACACAACGGUAGGGAAGCUGGUUGUUGAAGAAGUCUUAUUACCACAAAAGAAAUACUUGGAAAUUUCGCAUUUUGUUGAAAAGAUGCUUAAACUGAAUCCUGAAGAAAGAAAACAGAUACAAAAUUUUGUCUCGGAAGCAAAAAGAUACGAAGAUAGUAAAAUGGAGAAAUUUAAUAAUAUCAAAACACCUACAAAGAAAGAAGAAGAGCAGAAUGUGAUGCUGUCACUGAUAGAAAGAAUGAAGGCCUUCUUCCAGUCCUUGUCACCAUACUUCCGACAUGGUACAGGAAAGGUCCUAUUUCUUGGCCUCUCGUUGUAUUUGGUCUUCCUCCAUCUCAGGGUCGAUAGGCGAGGGCAUGGCCAUGCAGUCAAGAAGCUUGUUUUCCAACCAUAGAGACUUGGGUUCAGUCCUCCUAUAUAGAACUUUGAGCAAGUGACUUUCACUUUAGCCCUAGGCCUACCAAAGCCUUGUAAGUGGAUUUGGAUAGAUGGGAACUGAAAGAUGUCUGUUAUUAGUGAGUUUGUGUGAAUUCUUCUCUUGGUUUCAUGUAACGGUUGUAAAUGAGCCUCACCCUUAUACAAGUAGUGUUAUUCAUUUUCAGUCUUCCAUGAAAAACAUGUCUGACCAUAGGGAAAUAUUACCUUGCUUGGAAACAGGCGAAGGUUAGUGACAAGAAGUGCAUCCAACUGUGAAAAAUCGGCUCCAACAAAUUCUAUUUGAUCCAUGCAAGCAUGGAAGAUUGGACAUUAAAAUGAUGGUAAUAGUGCUGUGUAAAGAAGCACUGGUGCUGGUGCACAUAAAAAGUAUUCUGUCGAGUGGUUGGCAUUAGGAAGGGCACCCAAUUACAGGAACUGUGCCAAAAUGAACAAUGGAACCUGGUGCAGUCCUUUGGCUUGCCAGCUCCUGUCAAAUCAUACAACCCAUACCAGCAUGGAAAACAGAUGUUAAAUGAUAAUGAUGAUGAUGACAACUGUGGUCUAAAACAACUGAAAUCACAGAGAUGACCACAGUUGGAUUGGCUUGGAAUAUGGUGAAACCAAAACAUACAGUAAUACUUGUAGAAGACUUUGCAUUUAUCAACCCCUCUAAUGAUAAAGAUACUAUAUUUAUAUUUAACGAAUUGCUACUAAAUAAUUUAUAUUUAAUUCACUAUUAGCUGCAAGCAUUUUUUUGUCAAUACACUCAUGAAAUAAAUAUAAUUGGUAUGAAGAAAUACUGGACGACAAAACUUAAUAGAAAUAUUUUUAAUUUAACCCUUUAGCAUUUAAACUGGCCAUAUUGAGCCAAAACAUUGACCGGUUUUAUAUUUAAACCGGCCAGAACUGGCCUCUCACACCUCCCUUAUCCUAAAAAAUAAACAACCACAUCAUCAAAAUCUAUGAGAUCUACAAGAUAAUGCGUAAUAAUUGAAAACAUUGUGAAUAAAUAAGCAUUGCAUUUGGUAUGUAAUCUGAAUGCUAAAGGGUUAAUAGUUAAUUAAAUUUAAAGAUACAGAUAAGGAAAUAAUUUUAUUCUCAAACAUAGGAUAAUGCUAAUAAUAUAGCAUGAACAGGAUAAGCUACCCAUAUUUUGCGGAAAAAUCUGUCAGCGGCCAGCCAUGAGACUUGAACUCACGUCCCUGUGAUUAUGCAUCCAGUGCUUUACCAUUAAGCUAAACCGACCCAACAACAAAUUCCUUAUCUGUAUCUUUUAAUACAUCUCAAUGCUUCUAAAGCAAACUUUGUUUCUUGACUUUCAAAGUAAGUUGAAUUUAACGUAAUUAAAUUUAAUUUCAUCUCUGAAAGAAAGUCUUCAGAAUUUGGUUUUUCUAAACCUGAUGAAGUAUAAUUUAUAGUAUUUCUGGAAAUGGUGCUUUCAACUUAGAAUUCUUUUGAAAUAUAUAUAUAUAUCAAAGAGCAGUAGCACUUAGAGAAUUGAUUGAAAAAACAAAAAAAAAACAAACUAAAAAACACACUAACUCUUUAAGAAUAAAUUCAAAAAAGAAACAAAAAAAUACAGCAAAAUUCUACAUUUAAACUGAAGUUUACAUUUAACAUUUUUUCAGACAUAAAAUUAAAAAAACACAACAAAAACAAUAAAUAAUAUUGAAACAUCUCAACCACGAGCAGAAUAAUAAUAAUAAUAAUAAUAGUAAUCAUAAUAAUGAUGAUGAUGAUGAUGAUCUGUAAACAAGUGUCACCUGAGUCUACUGGUUGUCAACAGCUGACACUUCCAACACACCCAGCAAAAUGAAGCUGAGAUUUUUCACAAUAAUAAUAAUAAUAAUAAUAAUAAUAAUAAUAAUAAUAAUUCAAAAGACAUACACCAUAAAGUAUUGCUGAAAUAUUUCUGUCCUUCAAGGAAAAAAAUUGUGAGGGUUAAGGAACAGAAUGUCCCAGGAUGGUAGCAAAAAUCACAAAUGUAAAAAAAUAGACAGAGGUAAAUUUUGUAAAA